CAGCAAACCCUAAUCGGUAACGCGGAAGUGACAGAGAGCAGAAGAGCGAUGACGACGCGAUUCAAGAAGAACAGGAAGAAGCGCGGGCACGUGAGCGCCGGCCACGGCCGUAUCGGAAAACACCGCAAGCAUCCCGGCGGUCGCGGAAACGCCGGCGGCAUGCACCACCACCGGAUCCUGUUCGACAAGUACCAUCCCGGUUACUUCGGGAAGGUGGGUAUGCGGUACUUCCACAAGCUCCGCAACAAGUUCCAUUGCCCCAUCGUCAACAUCGACAAGCUCUGGUCGCUGCUGCCACAGGAGGCUAAGGACAAAGCCCUCAAAUCCAAGGACGCCGCUCCUUUAAUCGACGUGACACAGCACGGUUACUUCAAGGUUCUCGGAAAAGGUGUGCUCCCCCUUAAUCAACCCAUCGUCGUCAAGGCCAAGCUCGUUUCCAAGAUCGCCGAGAAGAAGAUUAAGGAAGCCGGUGGCGCUGUUCUUCUCACCGCUUAGGUUUAAUUACUUUUGCUUUUCGUUUCAUACAUUUGAGGCGUCGUUUUUUGUUUUGUUUUGUUUCGGGUACUUUUUUACAUUACAUGUUGCAGCUUAUAUUGAUAAUAUGUGUUUUUGCAUUUUUAGUGUCUUGUUUUGGAUGGAUUUAGGUUAAUUAAUUAAAUAUUUAUGCGAAAAAAUUAAGCCCGUGGAAACUUUGUUUUAAUAAGUUGUUAUAGAAGAAAUUAUUGGAGGAAAAAUAAAUUUUGGGGAAUGAUGAAUUAUAUUUUAA